GAAAGCAGCAGAGCAGCGGAUGUAGCUGCAACAGCAAUCUACUGUACAGUGGCAACAAUGUAGCAGUCAACGCUGAAAUUUAUUUUCGAAUUGUUUAGGAACGGCGUUGUAACCUUUAUUUAUGUCGAUAAAAAGUUUCGGGACACCAAAAUGCCUUUGUAACGAUAGUUGUGAGUCCUGUCAAGAAAUACGAGGCUAAGGGAGUCGAGGGGAAGCCGAAGCUCUUAGAGGCGCUGCCUGUCCCCGCUUGAAGGUUUGGAGGAGGACGCUGGGCUCCUCUUCUGAUUUACCGACCCGAGCUUCUCGUUUCUCAUCAGUUUUAAUGGCUCCGCUCAACCUUCGGGACGCCAUUGGAACACCGGAGAAGGGCGUGUAGCGCUAGCGGAUACCGGGGGAGCAGCUCGUACCGUUACCGCCCCGUUUCUCCCCCCCUUCUCCAGCAACACCGACAGGACGGUAAAUAAAGCAGUUGGGGCGGCGAAGACUGUCACCGGGGCCCGCGUACAAAAUGGGGAAUACAACCUCCUGCUGCGUGUCGUCGAGCCCCAAACACCGGAGGAGCAACCACUCUAGGCUGGAGCCCUACCGACCGGAGCCGGAGCUGAGUCGUGAGGACACGGGCUGCAAUCUCCAGCACAUCAGCGACAGAGAAAAUAUUGACGAUCUGCCCAUGGAAUAUAAUCCUUCAGAUCAUCCUCGAGCCAGCACCAUCUUUCUUAGCAAGUCACAAACAGAUGUUUUGCUGCCCAACAAGCGAGUUCGAGAAAAGCGGAAGAGCCUUUACAUCAACCAUUUCACACACAUUUCGGAAAACAAGCAUCAUCCAGGUCCACUGAGACGAAAGUACAGCUCCUGUUCCACCAUAUUUCUGGACGACAGCACAGUCAGUCAGCCCAACCUCAAAUACACCAUCAAAUGUGUAGCCCUGGCGAUCUACUACCACAUAAAAAACAGAGACAUCGACGGACGAAUGUUAGACAUUUUUGACGAGAAGCUGCAUCCUCUCUCGAAGUCUGAGGUCCCUGCUGAUUAUGACAAAUACGACCCUGAGCAGAAGCAGAUCUAUCGCUUCGUCCGGACGCUGUUCAGCGCCGCGCAGCUCACUGCCGAGUGUGCUAUUGUCACUUUGGUUUAUUUGGAAAGGCUCUUAACCUACGCUGAGAUUGACAUCUGCCCUGCCAAUUGGAAGCGCAUCGUGCUGGGAGCGAUCCUCUUAGCUUCCAAAGUUUGGGACGACCAGGCGGUGUGGAAUGUUGACUACUGCCAAAUUCUCAAGGAUAUCACAGUAGAGGACAUGAACGAGCUGGAGCGUCAGUUCCUGGAGCUGCUGCAGUUUAACAUCAACGUACCGUCCAGCGUUUACGCCAAGUAUUACUUCGACCUGCGCUCCCUGGCUGAAGCCAACAACCUCAGCUUCCCCUUGGAACCGCUCAGCAGGGACAAGGCCCAGAAACUAGAGGCCAUCGCACGGUUGUGCGAUAAGUACAAGGACAUGAGGAAACUGGCCAAGAAGCGAUCGGUGAGUGCGGACAACCUGACGGUGGUGCGGUGGUGUCCGGCUAUCAUUUCCUAACACCUGGCCACCUUCAGAGGAUCAGAGGAGUAAAUAGACCUUUGCCAUAUUGUUGCCUGAAAAGCAGGGAGGCGAGCGGUUCCUCCGACUGCAGGCCUGUGGGUCUGUCUGGAACAUUUACACCCACACAACACACAAACUUCCAUUCAGACUGGCACUUUGACAAGUGAGAUUGCCCUUUUCCUGGCUGUUGUACAUAAAAGGUCCCACUGGUUGCCUGAAUCAAACUGAGCUGAAAGAUGUGGAAUGAAGAUCUAAGUUGCAGGAGAAAAGGAGGUUAAUGGAGAUAAAUUGAGAGACUGGAAAGUUGGAAAGCACUUCAAUAGGAAGACAAGAGAAAAAAAAAGUGGCAGAAGUGUUUGUUUUCUUUGAAGCUCAACUGGUUUGUACAUCUGAUUAAUGGAGGCUGAUUGGAUUUCUUUACUUUGAAACCUCUGGUUUAAUCGAAUUUGUUCCUGGAGCAUCAUUUUACGCCUCAUACCGACACAUUUCCUCACAAUGUUUGUGAUUUCUUAUUUUUUGCAUUCCCAUCAAACGCUCAGAAAACGAUUGUACAUUCCAUUGCCUGGGUGAGAGCAGAGGUGAUACAUUUCAGUAGACUACAUAUCAUCAAACCAACCCGCCGAGUAUUUAUUGAAACUGCGGUCAUUUGGCUAAAUUUAUCCAGAGAAUUCAUCACACACCUAUUUAGAUCAGAUUUUACCUUAAGAAUCUUUCGUCAGGGAAUGCUAAUUCAACCUCCAUGUGCAGAGACUCACCAAGCUCUAUCCAAUAAAGCAAUAUCCAGUCCAUCUCUGUGUUUUGGAUAAAAAGCAUACCCUCUCUGGAGAAGAUUACCUUGAAGACGAAUGCGAGACAUACUGUAGAGCUUAUGUUGUGUCCACUGCCAUUGUCCUGACCUGUGGUGCCUGUAAUUAACACCUCUUCCCCUCUCUCUCUAUCAGGACGUGAACAAAUUCAAUUUUUCUGCUUCACUGUUUUGUAUGGCUCGUCCAUCUUAAAAAGAAAUGGCACAAUAUGGAAUUUACAUUUCAAAGCCACUUAAAUAUGAUUCUUCAGGGGUUUUGUUGGUCUAAUGAAGACCAAGAAUAAUAAAAGAAAAAACAUUCAGCGCUGAUUAAAACACUGCUCAGAAAAUGAGAUUGUAUAUUUAAAAAAAAGACUUUCAGACUUUUCUUUGUACAGUGUAAAUAAAUUGUGAAAUUGUGAAAGACCUUUAGACUCACUGAAAGGUAUAUUGUAAAAACAGGGAAAAAAAGGCAGCAGAGUGAUGUUAGAAAUAUUUAUAUCAGUUUUUAUGGAGGAGGGAGGCAGUGAAUAUUAUAUGUAUGAUUUUGUGCUCCUGUGACAAAUCAAGUAAAGAAAAAAAGUGAAGUAUUAAAAUUAAAAUGGGACACACCACUCAAGAUUUUUUUUUUUUUUUGUCUAUCUCGUUAACAUUUGCAUAAUAGAAAUCGGUCACCUUUGAAUGUGUUACUUUUUGUAAAUGGUGUGUUGAUCUCACUAAAUAUUCACCAAACUUUUACACUUUUUCCAAAAGACUUCUUGAACCACACUGCCAAAUGCAACUUUUCAUUUUUUCUUUGUACUGAGCCGUGAAACUGACAAAAAAUAAAUUUAGUAGCGUAAAGGUCAACAAUGGUUAAAGCUAUACAUUACCAAAUAUUGAGUAAUGUAAAGUUGGUAUUUCUCCAUUUAUUUUUAUUCCCAUCCAUUCAUUUUCCCGCCUUUGCUUUUAGUUGUUGUUAGCUAGCUAAUUUAUUUCCUGUAUUCUAUGUUAUCUAAUAUAGAAUACAAUAGUUAUUUAAUAGUUGCUUGUUGCACACAACAUAAAAAUUAGAAUUAUAUGGCGUAGUAUAGUAAUUAACUUCAGUACAAGUUUUAUCUAGAAAUGGUUAGCAUUAGCUAUGUAGCUAACAUUUGUUUCCUUUGUUUUUCAUUCAGUAUUCUGGCUCCCUCUUGUUCUAAUAUAGUGUUAAUUGACGUAAAUUGUGUUAUUUGUCUUCUCUGUUAACUAAUAUCAUAGUUUGCUUCCCUGAAUGUCCUGUAUACAUCAUAUUUUAAUUUGACAUUUCUAAAGCUUGUACUGUUAGCUAAGAAGCUAUCACCUUCUCAGCUAGCUACAUUAGGUAGUUGGAUCAGAAAUCUUUGGCUUAUCUUUUCAAUAAACAAUGUUACUGAUCUAAACAUUUCAGUCACACCUUAACUAAGAAACUUUAAUACAGAAAGUUUUGUUUUGACCCAACAAUUUUGGUCCAUUUUGUAAUAAGCUUCUACUUGUUUUUGUCAGUUUCCGGAUUCCAAAGCAUUUAUAUUUUCUGGAUAAAAGCAGUAUUUUUCCACACUUCUCUUCUUCUAGUAGAGAACAAACAGAGAAAAAGAAAAAAAGAUGCUACAGACUGAACACUUGUAAUUGUUCGACAAUAUUGGUGAACUUGUGGGAGAAACCUUUUCUUUACACCAGUGUUUGUUUGCCUUAUGAUCAACUGGACUCGCAUUCCUUCGAGAUAUUACUAAUGAAAUAACGUAG